AUGAGGCUCCCUCCCAACCGCUUCACGGCUCAGCCCGAGCAGCCUGUCGUUGAAAAGACCGUGCCGGAAACAGACAAGGAGGCCGGAUUGGUGACCGAGCAAAACCCAAUCAGCGAUUCCGAGUCGGCCGACGUCGAUGCCAUCUCCGCCGAUGCCCAAGCUGGUGUGCAGAAGAUCGAAGCUGUCACCAAGGUUUGGUCAAAGAACCAUUUGAUAGCAGCCUACGUCUUCAUUUGGGUCAUCUACUUCGUCGAUGCUAUGCAACAGGGCACCUCGACUCUGCUGACUCCCUAUGUCACCAGCGCCUUCGCCGAGCACUCGUUGACUGCCACCACCGGUGUCAUGUCUAGCAUUAUCGGAGGUGUUUCCAAGCUUACCCUGGCCAAGAUUCUCGAUGUUUGGGGUCGCCCGCAAGGCUUCAUGCUCACCAUGCUUCUGAUGACCCUUGGGCUUGUCAUGAUGGCGGCUUGCAACAACGUUGAGACUUAUGCUGCCGCUCAAGUGUUUUAUUGGGUUGGGUACAAUGGAAUCUCGUACACCAUAUCCGUCUUCAUUGCCGACACUUCGGCCUUGAAGAACAGAGGCCUGAUGCUUGGCUUCCUCAGCUCUCCCUACAUCGCCACCGUCUGGAUCACCGGCCCCAUCUCCCAGAGCCUUAUCAGCGGUAUUGGAUUCAGGUGGGGAUUUGGUAUCUUCGCCAUCAUCACGCCCCUCAUGUGUCUUCCUCUCUUCUUCCUCUUCACCUGGAAUCAGAGAAAGGCAAAGAAGAUGGGGGUGCUUGUUCCUCGAAACAGCGGCCGGACGCUCUUGCAGUCCAUCAAGUACUAUUUCUGGGAAUUCGAUGUCAUCUGUCUCCUUCUGAUCUCGGGCGGCUUUGCGCUGUUCCUGCUGCCCUUUAGCAUCUACUCCUACCAGAAGUAUGGGUGGAGAGAUCCCCUAACCAUCUGCUUCAUCAUUUUCGGUGGCCUCAUGCUGAUCGCGGCCGCGGUCUGGGAGAAAUACUUUGCUCCCGUCAAGUUCAUGCCGUGGGAGCUGCUCACGGAUCGCACUGUAGUGGGUGCCUGCGUCCUCUCAGCCGUCCUCUUCGUCGAGUACUACAUCUGGACCGCCUACUUCUCCUCGUGGCUCCAAGUUGUGAUGAACCUCAACCUCACCCAGACCGGAUACAUCAGCCAGAUCUACUCCAUAGGCUCCUGCUUUUUCUCCAUCAUCGUCGGUGUUGUAGUGCGAUGGAGUGGCCGCUUCAAGUGGAUCACACUCUACUUUGGCGUGCCGGUCACUAUAUUGUCGAUUGGCCUACUCAUCCACUUCCGCGAACCGGGCACCCACCUUGGAUGGAUCAUCAUGUGCGAGAUCCUCUACGCUUUUGCAGGUGGCGCCUGCGUCAUCUGCGAGCAACUUGCGGUCAUGGCGGCCGCCGCCCAUCAGCACGUCGCCGUCGUGCUCGCCGUCGAGGGCAUGUUCAGCAGCGUUGGUGGCGCCAUCGGUCUUUCCAUCGCCGGCGCCAUCUGGACCGGCCUCUUCCCCGUCAAGCUGGCCGAGUAUCUACCCGAGGAGUCGCAAGCCAACCUCACCAGCAUCUACGGCGACCUCGUCACCCAGCUCUCGUACCCUGUGGGUUCCCCGACUCGCGACGCCAUCAUCCGCGCCUACGGUGAUGCGCAGAAGUGGAUGUUCGUUGCCGCUACCACUAUCACCAUCAUUGGUCUUGUGGCGGUCAUGUUCUGGCGCGACAUCAAGGUCAAGGACUUCAAGCAGGUCAAGGGCCGCGUCAUCUAA